CUAAAGAACCUCUGCACGUCCACCGCAAAGUCUAGGCCUGGGACUCGGCACAUGCACCAUGGCCGUGGCUUCUUCGAGUCGCAAACAGUUUCGUUGAAUCAACUUGACAACCCAUGCUUGCAAUACCUAUUUGACUACGGCCUUCCAGACUGGAUAUACUCAAACAGAGCUUCGGCACGAUUCGUGCGAAUGCCAACUCUGCGAAAAAUUGCGUUUCUUCGCUCUCUCGACCGCAAGUUGACAUUGUCAGUCCUCCAAUAUGUUGCCCGUAGGGACAAACGACCUGGUUGUUCCAUAAAAGGCGCCAGACCCAGAUAA